CGUGUACCGUUUUCUUGUUUACUUCAACAAAUUUCGCCCAAGUCCCUGUUAUUACUGUUAAUUUCCCAGAAAAAAUCAAAGUUUUUCAGACUUUUCCUCAUUCCACAAUGAAUCUCAAGAACGACAUCAAAAUAAUGCCCCGCUCGAUGGUGUGCGAGGACAGCAACCUCCGAGGCGACAUCACCAUCUCCAGCGGGUGUCUGAUCCAUCCCAGUACGACCAUCAUCGCCGAGUCGGGCCCGAUCAUAAUCGGUGAGAACUGCAUCGUCGAAGAGUACGCCACGAUCGUGCACCGCGUCCCGAAGGGCCACAAAGCGUACCAGGACGUGCUGGACGGGACGGUCAAGCCGCUGGUCAUCGGGCCGGACAACAUCUUCGAGGUCGGUUGCACCGUCGAGGCGCUCAAAAUUGGCGAACGGAACGUGUUCGAGUGCAAAAGCUACGUUUCGGCCGACGUGACCGUUUCGAACGGGUGCGUCAUCGGGGCCGGCUGCCGGCUGGUGGGCGAGCAGGUCCUGCCGGAAAAGACGGUCAUCUUUGGGCAGCACUGCCAGCAGCGGGAGGCGAUCGAGAAGCAGCGGUCUCAAAUGGUGCAGUUGGACUAUCUGCGGAAGAUUCUACCAAACUAUCAUCACUUGAAGAAGGCAACGUACGAUCCGAAAAGGCACGAGCGCAAGUUUGAAGCUUGCACUUAUUUUGUUAUGCAGACUUUUCUUGAUCAAGCAUAAAAACUUAGCCUAACAGUCUGGAUCCCAUGGAUGGUCCCCUUACCUUCUAUUAAACAUAUAUUUUAUUUAAAAGGCAUCCUAAACUUGCUGCAACGGUAAUAAAUGCUAACUUAUUUAACCAUACAAAACAACUCAA